UCUCCGUGUGCCAGCAAACUGGAGUUAUUUAACAUAUCUGCAGCCACAGAACAAGGUCCAAGGCCACGGGUGUUUGCACUGCCGACCCUGAGGGCUACAUAAAGCGAUCCCAGCACUGCAGAGAGCUCAGCCUGCGGGAGUGGCCAUGGUGCUGUGGGCCCCGCUGCUGGGAGCCCUGCUCCUGGGCCUUGUGGGAUACCUGUGUCUGUCCAUGCUCCUCAGGCGCCGCAGGCCAAGGGAGCCGCCUCUGGACAGGGGUCUUGUGCCCUGGCUGGGCCAUGCUCUGGCUUUCCGGAAGGACAUGUUUGAGUUCCUGAAGGGCAUGCGAGCCAAGCACGGGGACGUGUUCACUGUGCAGCUGGGCGGCCAGUUCUUCACCUUCGUCCUGGACCCCCUCUCCUUCGGCCCCAUCAUUAAGAACACACAGAAAACUCUAGACUUCGUGAAGUAUGCAGAAGUUCUGGUGCUAAAGGUGUUCGGAUACCAGGCCUCUAGCCAGGACCACCACAUGAUUCACUCGGCCAGUACCAAGCACCUGAUGGGGCAAGGCUUGGAGAGCCUCAACAAGGCGAUGCUGGACAGCCUGUCCUUGGUGAUGCUCGGGCCCACAGGCCCGAGUCUUCACGCCCACUGCUGGCAUGAAGACGGCCUCUUUCGCUUCUGCUAUAGUGUCUUGUUCAAGGCUGGCUUCCUGAGCCUGUUUGGCUACAGUGCGGACAAGCAGCAGGAUUUGCGUGAGGCCGAUGAGCUGUUCAUGAAGUUCAGAAGGUUUGACCUUCUUUUCCCCAGGUUUACCUACUCCCUGCUGGGGCCCCGGGAGUGGAAAGAAGUUGACCAACUGCAACAUUUUUUCCACCAGAGACUCUCUGUGGAACAGAACCUGGAGAAGGACGGUGUGAGUAAGUGGCUAGGCUCCAUGCUUCAGUUUCUGAGGGAGCAAGGAACAGCUGCCUCCAUGCAGAACAAAUUCAACUUCAUGAUGCUCUGGGCCUCCCAGGGGAACACGGGGCCAACCUGUUUCUGGGUGCUCAUGUUCCUGUUGAAGCAUCAGGAUGCCAUGAGGGCUGUCCAAGAGGAAGCAGCCCGGGUCCUGGGCGAGGCCAGGCUGGAAGCCAAGCAGUCCUUCACCUUCAAGCUGGAUGCCCUGAAGUGCACCCCAGUGCUGGACAGUGUGAUGGAAGAGGCCCUGCGCCUGCGAGCCAGCCCCACACUCCUCAGAGAGGUGCAAAAGGACUACGUGCUAGAGACAGCCAGCGGGCAGGAGUACGAGAUCCGGCGUGGGGACAAGGUGGCUCUCUUCCCCUACUUGUCAGUGCACAUGGACCCUGACAUCCACCCCGAGCCCACGGCCUUCAUGUACGACCGCUUCCUCAACCCCAAUGGCACCCGGAAAGUGGACUUCUACAAGUCAGGCAAGAAGAUCCACUACUACUCCAUGCCCUGGGGCUCAGGCGUAUCCAUCUGUCCUGGCAGGUUCUUCGCCCUCAGUGAGAUGAAAAUCUUUAUCCUGCUCAUGCUGAUGUACUUUGACUUUGAGCUAGUGGACCCUGACACACCUGUGCCCCCCGUUGACCCCAGGCGCUGGGGCUUCGGCACCACGCAGCCCAGCCACGAGGUAGGCUUCCGCUACCGCCUGAAGCCCACGCAGUGAGCUCGGGCCUGACCCGGCGCUGCAGGCCAGAGCAGCACUGAACACCCAUCCCUCCGGCUCUGGGACGCUCCUCCGACUCCCUGGCAUCCCUGCUCCCUUGCCCUAGAUGUCUCAUAGGCUUGUCAUGCUCCUUGUAAGACGCCCUCCCUCCAGUGGUUUCUGCGUGACCGCCCUCUGGGGAUGAGCACCCAGGUGCCAGCUGAGUUUGCGCUGGCACUGCCCCGGGCUCCACUCUUCCUGGAGGACAGCCUGGUUCCCAGGAUCAAACAGCACCCUGUGAAUUUUGCCUCCUGCCCACUUCACUCAAAGCCCUUACCCCACACGGUGUGAGUUCAGACUCUGGAGAUGGUGCUCAGUGGAGUCAAGCCAUGCUAGCAACUGUUAACCCCUAGUGUGCCAAAAGCAAAGGAUUAAAGUUGAGGCUUGUUCUGUGGUA